AUGAUGGACGUAACGGUUUCCCCUGAGAUCGCUCCGAUCAACGCCUUCAGUCGCAGGCCCAGGAAGCGAUCCCUCAGCCCGGCACCAUCUCAUGGGGCUCCCGCCUCGGGGUACGUCUUCGGCACGGGACCGCCGCCCGCCGCCGCUCCGCCUUCGCCGGGGCGGAGCAAGAUGACGCGGACCGGCCUCACGACCGUGUCGCCGUGGUCCAGCAACCGGCGGUUUUCGUCGUCAUCGUCGCAGGGGGAACCGGUGGCGGCGGGGGAGGCGGUGGGAGGACAUCGCGGGACAGCGUUCAUGACCCUACAGCAGGAGCAGCAGCCUCCCGCGACCACCGACUACCAUCACGCCGACUUUUUCAGACGCGUGUCCUCUUUCUCCUCGGCGAGGGCGGCGCCUGCGGCUUGCUCCAACACCAACGCUAGCCCUCCCCCGGUGGUGGCGGCGGCGGCUUCAUUCGCGACCUUUGGGGACACCCACGAGGCUCAGGAAAAGAGGGCGGCGGCGGAGGCGGCUGAAGCGGGCGGGCGCUCCAAGAAUAUCGAUUUUCCCCACGCAGAUGAGGUCUCGUCCCCGGGAUCGGUGGGGGGUGGUGGUGGCGAGGUGGGGUCACGGGGCUCCAGCGGCGGCGCAGACAGGCCUCGGGAGAGCUGGUUUGGAGGCUACGUCCCGGUCCUGAGCAGCAGCAACAGCAACAACCGAAGCAAGGGUGGCGAACUCGGUGGUAUGGAGGUCGAUACGGGGGAAAGGUUCGGGUGCUACUCCUCUCGCCGAGCUUCCGCGGCGUUCGGUGUGAUGGGCGGCGGCGGUGGCGGCGGGACUAGUGUCGGUUCGGCGUCGACCGACGACGCCGACAUCAGAGCGGCGGCGCUGGCCGCGGCUACGCUAGCGGCGGAGUCAAGAACCCUUCCCUCAGCAUGGGCUGCCCCUGCUUGCGGUGCUGGCGGAGGGGACGUGAUGCCCAAGCUCUCCACCAACGACAUGGAUGAGGAUGACGACACCAUGGGCAUGGCGGAGGGGAGCCGGUCCCACCGCACGCCCGGACCUUUGGCUGAGAGUUUCCUCCAGGUUAGGCGCACUACUGGUCCGUCAGAGUCGGGUGUCGUUUGGCAAGCAGGCUACGUUUCAUGAACCAGAAGGGGGGGAGAGGGGGGAUGGCACUUCGUCGACGAUAAGGUCCUCCACAGAGGCGCGUUGCAAAACAUGCUUGUUGUACCCUUUUUCGUGCUGUGCCCAUUUCUGUGAAGUUGCGUUUUUUUUUCUCGGUUGCCUUUCUUUGGACUUGGUUGUGCUGCAGAGGAGGUUCGGCGGCUGAAACAGGUUAGGAUAUCAGUUUUGUCCAUGUGGAAAAGAACGACGAGAAAAAAACGUCGGUUGAAUGUAGAGGAAAUUACGCACAGCUUUGUUAGUCAAGGCUUGUAAAGAGGCCCACCCUCGGUGUAAGAAAACACGUUGUUUGGUGAGGUACAUUCGCGCGGUUGUAGAUGACGUUUCUUUUUCUAGCGAGUGUUUGGGCGUGUACAUGUUGCCAAUAGCAUACUUGGAGAAAAAAACACCCCCCGAAGGAUAAGAAAAACGGCUUGAUCCCGUUCGUUGGAUGGCAUUUGAAGGCCAAGUGUGAUAUUCUCUCCCCUUCGAGCGGACGAGACAAGUUUGUGUAUUUUAUGGAUGCGUGAAGCAGGAAAUCGUUUUCCGAACGCACCAAAAAUACUGGAAAACAGACUUGUGAAAAACACUUGUUGUUUUCUCUAUUGGGGGCGGCAGCUCGCGUUCAUCCCGGUUGGUGACUCGCUGGCUCUUGCCCGAACUCGUGUGCUUGCUCGGAGGGUUCCUACUACAGUAUAUAUAGGCGGGCGUGAGUUGAUGGGGCGUUUUUUUGUGUGAAGUGAUGAGCUGCUGGUUCCAGACACGGCGAGGGUUUGCAGAGCCUGGUCUGAGAAGCAACGAAUCGUGACGGAGGGGUACCGUAUUCUUCGUUAAUUCCCGUACUGGUAGCCCCUGACUUGUUUGACGAAGGAUUGACUUUGUUUGUAGCACUGCCGCCCUCAGCGGUCUGUGGUGUUGAGACUGGGUGCUACGCUAUCCCAGGCAUACCCCAUCACACCGGUACUUCCCAUACG